GUCCUCGUAAUCCUUUCUUACCACAAAAACACGACGAUUACGAUUCUCUGGAGGUCGGCUUUGAUGGCGCUUCCUAUUUCGGCGCUGUUUUCAAUCUCUGUACCACCAUCGUCGGCGCCGGAAUCAUGGCGCUACCGGCCACCGUGAAACAAUUAGGUCUAAUUCCAGGCCUAAUGAUGAUAAUUUUUGGAGCAAUGUUAACGGAGUCCUCAAUUGACAUGAUUUUAAGAUUCAGUAAAGCUUCUAAAUCCAUCACGUAUUCCGGUGUCGUUUCAGAUGCGUUUGGUGGAGCUGGACGAACUCUUCUUUUGGGAUUAUUGUUAACAACCUUGGCAUGCUCAUUGUCUAUAUGAUCAUAAUUGGUGAUGUGUUAGCGGGAACAUGGUCCGAUGGGGUCUAUCAUUCCGGUGUUAUGCAGGAAUGGUGUGGUCUGCAUUGGUGGACUUCACGGUCCUUCUUGCUACUUCUUACAACUCUUUUUGUUUUUAGCCCUCUCAUUUCAUUCAAGCGUGUUGAUUCAUUGAGAUAUACAUCAGCUUUGUUAGUGGGCUUGCAAUUGUGUUUGUGGCUAUUACUGCUGGAGUGGCAAUUGUAAAAUUAAU